CUAGAGAGGGUUGAACUUCUCUGUCCAUUUCGCUCGCUGUACCCAGACGGAGACCAGCAGCCAGCCUGUUUACUACACUAUUACACCGCUUUACCGAGAGCAACUCCGACGAUCUAGCAUGCAAAUGACACAAAGACAGUAGUUCAGACAGAAAAGAUGGAGGACGUGGCCCCAGUUCUCGCAGGCCCGUCUCAGCCCACGUUCUCCCGGCCCUCAGAGCGCCGAAACCGCAAGUCUGGCACCGCGAACAUCUUCCAGGGCGUGAACCUGCGACAGCUGCGGCGGCUCUUCCAGGCAGCAGGAGACCCAGAUGCGGAGCAGAGGGCACGGAUGGUUUGGGGCCGGCGGAGGGCGGCGGGUGGAGAGGAUGGAGGAGCGGACGCAGAGCAGGAUGAGGAUAGCGGGGCGGCAGAGGUGGAGACGGGGCUGGCACAGGCGCUGGUGGGGCUCCGAGUGCGAGCCAGGAACAGAAGCGGACUCAGGGUGGAGCAGCAUAAAGACACGAGCGGUCAGAGAUGGGUCAGAGCCUUCGGUCAUCUCAGAAUAAACGAGGGCUCACUGAACCCAACGACUGAAGUCACGCCUGCAGAAGGUGAAGAAGCCAAUGAGGAUGAGGAAGAAUCGUCUGCAGCUGGAGGCCAGAGCUCUUUUGAAGGCUCAUCACAUGACCAGGGCGACUUCCUAUCCACGGAGGAAGAGACUCAGGGCCCCGGCCCCAGGUGGAGCUGGAACGCGGUUCAGGAGAAGGAUCCAGAGCGAUACCUGCACCGCAUCCGACACUGAUGCAGCAGCAAAGCAUCAUGGGAUUACAGCCUGAGAGACUCCGUAGAUUUACUUGAAGCCUCAAUCAAACGCUAGUCUUAAAGGAGCGAUGAUCAACACUACAGCACGUAAACACUCACCCGCAGCAUGUGCUGUUCUACCUUAAGUUGUUUACGGGUUUCGUGCCAUUCUCACGUCGCAGUCUCAAACACUAGUUGAGGGAUGGUGCACUUAAAGGGGCAGUUCACCUAGAAAUGAACAUUUACUCACUCUUUCACAAGUGGUUACAAACAUUUAUGAGUUUCUUUCUACUGUUGAACACAAAUGAAGAUAUUUUGAAGAAUGAUGAAAACCGGUAACCAUUGACUUCCAUUGUAAGAAAAACAAAUAGUAUUGAAGUCAGUGAUUACCGGUUUUUAGCAUUCUUUAAAAACAUUUAUGAGUUUUUUUCUACUGUUGAACACAAAUGAAGAUAUUUUAAAGACCGAUGAAAACCGGUAACCAUUGACUUCUAUUGUAGGAAAAGCAAAUACCAUGGAAGUCAAUGGUUACCGGUUUUUAGUAUUCAUUACACACAUUUGAGUUUAUUUCUAAUGUUGAACACAAAUGGAGAUAUUUUGAAGAAUGCUGAAAACCAGUAACCAUUGACUUCCAUAGUAUUCGCUUUUCCUACAGUGGAAGUCAAUGGUUACUGGUUUUUAGUAUUCAUUACAAACAUUUAUGAGUUUCUUUCUACUGUUGAACACAAAUGGAGAUAUUUUAAAGAAUGAUAAAAAACGGUAACCAUUGACUUCCAUUGUAAGAAAAACAAAUAGUAUUGAACUGAUUACCGGUUUUUAGCAUUCUUUAAAAACAUUUACGAGUUUCUUUCUACUGUUGAACACAAAUGAAGAUAUUUUGAAGACUGAUGAAAACCGGUAGCCAUUGACUUCCAUUGUAGGAAAAACAAAUAUUAUUGAAGUCAAUUGUUUCCCAUUUUCAGUAUUCAUUACAAACAUUUGAGUUUCUUUCUACUGCUAAACACAAAUUAAGAUAUUUUGAAGAAUGCUGAAAACCAGUAACCAUUGACUUCCAUAGUAUUCGCUUUUCCUACAAUGGAAGUCAAUGGUUACCGGUUUUCAGCAUUCUUUACAAACAUUUAUGACUUUCAUUGUACUGGUGAAUCCAAAAUGAAGAUAUUUUAAAGAAAU